UCAACACAGACGGAAGAGCUGCGAGUGGCUCUGACAGCAGCAGAGGUCGAGAGCGUUUAUGGUACCGGACGACUCACGGGUAGAAUACAUUAAUUAGAGCUACAUAUGUUUUAGUCGUAAGUUGUUCUGUCAGAAUGACCAGCAGCAGCAGUAUCGAGGGAGUUUUGUGCCUUUAAUAACCCUGGACUUUUAUUUUUUAUUUUUGUCUCCGGUAACAAAGUUGUUUAAAAAAAAACGAGGUUGUGCCGGAUCUGAUCUGAGCAGGCCUGAAUUGUUUAGGGGAGUUUUUUUUCUCCCAAGUUAUUGAUGAGACUGUAACCUUUAUUAAACAGGUUAACAUAAAAAAAGGGAAGAAAAAAAAAAAAAACAACAAAAAACGCCACGAAGGCUAAUCAAUUUCCAAACUCCUCAAAGUGGAUCAAGUUCAACCUUGACUGACUUUAUUUGACUUAUAAUUAAGGGACCAAAACACCUCAGCUGAAAUAAACACUGGAGUUACCUGGGGGAAGGAGCUGAAUGGCCUCUGUUGUAGCAGUGAAAACUGAGAAGCGACCAGCAGCUGAUUCUCAGGAUGCAGAGUCGAAUGCUAAAAAGCCCAGGAAACUGCUGCCCAGCCUAAAGACCAAGCGAGCCCCCGAGCUUGUCCUGGUGAUUGGCACCGGGGUGAGCUCUGCGGUAGCUCCGCAGGUUCCUGCUCUACGCUCUUGGAAAGGGCUUAUCCAGGCCCUUCUUGACGCAGCCAAUGACUUUGACCUGCUGGAGGAGGAGGAGAGCCGGCGUUUCCAGAAGCACAUGCAGGAAGACAAGAAUUUGGUGCAUGUGGCCCAUGACCUCAUUCAGAAACUUUCUCCGAGGACGGGAAAUGUGCGAUCCACGUUCUUCAAAGACUGUCUGUACGAGGUGUUUGACGACUUGGAGUGCAAGAUGGAGCACGCAGGGAAACAUCUCCUGCGAUCGGUGCUGCAGUUGAUGGAGAGCGGCGCGCUGGUGCUCACCACCAACUUCGACAACCUGCUGGAGAUCUACGCAGCCCACCAAGACACCAAACUGGAGUCUUUAGACCUGACAGAUGAGAAGAAGGUGUUGGAGUGGGCUCAGGAGAAACGGAGGUUAAGUGUCCUGCAUAUCCACGGUGUUUACACCAACCCCUGUGGGAUUGUGCUGCACCCUGCUGGCUACCAGAACGUACUGAGGAACACUGAGGUUAUGCGUGAGAUCCAGAAUUUGUACGAGACCAAAUCCUUUGUGUUUCUCGGUUGUGGACGCACAGUGGACGAUACGACCUUUCAGGCAUUGUUCCUGGAGGCGGUCAAACACAAAUCAGACCUGGAACACUUCAUGCUUGUGCGACGGGAGGACGUGGGAGAGUUUAAGAAGUUACGUGACAACAUGCUGGACAAGGGCAUCAAGGUAAUCUCCUACGGAGACGAGUACGCUGACCUGCCUGAGUACUUUGAGAGGCUAGCCAAUGAGAUCUGCAACCGUGACGUGUCUACCAAUGGCUGGGGGUCACCAUCACAAAAUGCAGAAGAACAGCAGAAUGGCUUCAGCACACAGAAAAACCUCCUCCAGGGUUAGGACCAGAUGCAACUCCUUCACUUUGAGAAGCUGCCACGUUCAAUAGAGGUUUUCAGAAUAACAACUACAACUUUGCCCAAAACUCGUUUCCUAACUGCAUGGAAAGUGUCUGGAGUGCAAAUCAUCUAUAUAUUUUUCAAAUCGUCAUUAUAUUUAUUUUUUUCCCCCGUCAGAGUUGGUGGAAAAUGUGGGAUCUGUUUCUUCUUCAGCUUAUGCUGGGUCUGGUUCACUAAGUGCUACGUAGCGUAAUCAUUUUUUAGAUGACUCUUAGGUGACCUAAAAGCGGACGAUAUUCCUCAGAUGCUUAUUUUAUUUCAUUUUAAUAAGUUAAAUAAAUCUGUCAAUGCCAAAACUAAACACCUCAAAUCCCAUUUCCUCGCAUUUCAAUGUUGCAGAAAUCCUAAUGUUUGGGGAAACUAAAUGCAAGCGCACCACACUCAGAGGACAGACUGGCGUGUUUUCACUUCAGACUUGGAAGAAAAACUCAUAGCCCUGUAACCAAACAGAUGUUAAUUUAGAUAUGCAUUUCUGACAACGUUUCAUCUUGAAGUACCUUCCUGCUUCUAGCUUCAAGGCGAUAACAUGCACCAUACGCUCCCGAGUGAAAACAAACCUCGCGUUGAUGGAUCGAUCCCAGCUACCAGCAAGGGGAUGGGUGGGGUAAAAUGCAUCUGUAAUUUGACAGGUAAAUUAGUUUGUUACAUAAAAAAGGUCAGGAGGGUGUUUUCAUAGCAGUUCUACUUCCUGCCUGCAGCAAUCCCUUUGCUUAAAACAAAGUGUUCUUUGUAAGCUUUUUUUAAUGUAUUUUUAAAACCUACAUGUGUUUCUGCUGUAGUAUUUAUAAGAACCAUUUUAAGAAUAAAGCUUUUGGUAUCCCA